UUUGCCAUUCGUGUCGAUUCGUUGUGCGAAGCGCACGCCUCGCCGGUGACGCACGUUCGUUGACCGUUUUCUCAGCCGGUCAUUCUCUUCACAAACCAACCGUAACUGUUCUCCAAUCCGUAACGUCAACACGUGAACAAAAUAGUGAAAGAGUGAAUAAAUUUUCAGUGAAAUGGUAUUUUGAUCAUGUUUAUCGACUGGUAACAUCUGAACAAGAGCAAUGUAUGCCACGUCAACGACGCCAACGUCUGGGUCCCGUGGUGAUCUCUCCGGUGCCGCGGAGAGGCGCGUCAGGGUCAUCCGACUUCUGCGCCCGCGAAAAGCCGCACCGGCGUUCGGCUUCUCUUUGCGAGGAGGAAAAGAAUACGCCACCGGCUUCUUCGUGUCAAAAGUCGAACACAGCUCAGAGGCGCAUCUCCAAGGGCUGAAGGUCGGUGAUCAGGUGGUGAGCGUCAAUGGUUAUCGCGUGGAUGAUGCAGUGCACGCCGAGCUGGUACAUUACAUCACGUCACAAUCCAGACUCAAGAUCAAAGUUAGACAUGUUGGUAUGUUGCCGAUUAAAGAGAAAGACUUCGAGACUUUAUCCUGGCAGUUUGUAUCAGAGCGAGCGUCACUCGCGUCAGAGGUGUCUUCGUCGCCUACUCUUUGUCACACAGAUCAUAUAACCGAUUUGCGACUCUCAAUUCUCGUGCCUCCCAGAGCUAAAUUAGGUUGUGGGAUUUGCAAAGGACCCGAAUGGAAGCCAGGGAUAUACGUGCAGUUUGUUCGCGAUGGUGGGAUUGCGAAGGAAGCCGGUUUGAGGCCAGGAGAUCAAGUUUUGUCCUGCAAUGGCUUGGAUUUCUCCAAUAUAUCAUUUAAUGAGGCUGUAUCUGCUAUGAAAGUGAGCGGACGAUUGGAAUUGGUUGUUCGUGAAGGUGUAGGACGAGAACUCGUGUCACCAGAGAGCUCUGGUUACAACAGUUCCGCGUCUUCAGCUGCUGGCGAAAGGAGUCCGGCAUCAGCACCUCCAGUUGUGCCAUUAGCAGCACCAGCGGUCUUACGAAGACGACUAGCCAGUGUCGCAGAAGAGGCGGCUGAGAGAGCGGACAGACUUACAUCUAACAGAAUAAAAAGGAGAACGUGGGAUAGUCUGGAAUUCGAUUGGAAAAACGGUGACAUUCACAAUUUUGAUGCACCAUCGGACAUUGAACCCGACUACGACUGUCCCAGCAUACCAAAUAACCCUCACACAUAUGAAAAUAAAACUAAUAAAAUAAACAAAAUAAAAACAGAAUAUGAACCAUCUAAAGGCACACAAUUAAAUAGGACCAUAAUAAAUUUGACUGAAAAUGGAGGAACAACAGUUCUGCAUUGUAGUUACGAUAACUCUUCAAAUAAAACCGCAUACCAACCGAACAGAGACAAUGAUAAAAAGACAAUAGUAGUGGAAGUUCAUAAUGUCCAAGCUCCAAGUGCCAAAUCUAAUUGUAACCAUCCGGUUCCGCCCAAAAUCGACAUGAUAUCGGACACCACGAGUAUAUCCAGUUCAGCCACAUUGUCCAGUGCCAUUGUUGAGGAGAUACAGAGGAGGAAAUUGAAGAAACCGGCGGUGGAGAAAGAACCACCAAAUGUCCCGAAGAAAGCGAAUAUUCCAAAGAUAGAUGACGACAAGAAGAAACACCAUAAUGCUCUAAUGGACGAAUUUAAGAAGGUUCAUAGGAAAAUGUUUGCCAACCAAGAAGAUGAAUGUAAAGAAGAUGGUGAAAAUUCGGAUCGACAACACACUUUACGACUGAGAAAACCGGCCGUGGAGGCAACAGAGCAUGUCGAAAACAUACAAGAAAGGCUGACUGUGAAGAAACUACCGCCGCCUCCACCCCCUAUGCCAACCACAAAUGGCCACCACAACGGUGAAAUAAACGGCGACCGGAAACCAAAGCUAGAGGAUAUUAUAAAAACGCCAAUAAUAAAAAAAAUCGCUACAGUUAACCGAACUCCAACACCAGAUUACAACGACAAAGAACUGACUUUACCAAUAAAAUCGAAAAGCUUAAACGAAUCAAACGCAGAUGUAGAUUCCCUAGAAUCAUACAAACUCCAAAGUCCAGGAAAUGUGAACUUAAAACCACCUUCGAAUUACUUCAUAAAGGCUCCCAACGGCACGGCUACUAUGAAAAAGCAUUCCAGGCCUGUAUCCGUCACUAUAGGAGAAUACGUGAAUAAUAUGAGUGGAAGAAGGGAGCCGUCGAAGCUGGAAUUUCUCAAUGGGGACAAAAAGAACUGCCAAUCAGUAGACGAAGAGUCGCUCUCAAGUAGAUUACAGUCGGAGUUAGCUCUUACACUUUCACGAUCGAAUUUACGCAAAAAGACUGAAGCUAUGGUGGAUGGCGGGCGAUAAUCUUCAAAAAUUGCCACAUUUUAGAACUAACACAGGAUUUACACACAAAAGCCUGUAACCUGUAUAUA